AUGACGACCACCUUGACAACCCCCCGGUAUAAUUUCUCGAUUACUACACCGCACCUUCGCUGGGAUCCUAAAUUCAUGAAACGGAACCUCAAGCUUUACCAGUCAGAAAAUCACAAACCAUUCAAGCCUGAUUCUUCUGGGAGUGCUAAAAGUAAAAUCGAAAAAUUCCUUGAUCAGCAGAGUCAUGGAUUAAUUCCCAGAGCAUACAACUAUCAAGGUCUUCGCGAUUUCUUGAGCCAUGCAGAUCUUUACAUGUUCGAUAAUGGCGUCAGGUCUCUAAAUCCUGCAGAUCUUGUUAAAACUGUGUUGUUUGAUGAGAGAAUAGACAAUCAGGCGUCGAAUAUGUUCAUGUCUCGAAAUUGGCAGGGCUACGAGGACUACCCUCCGCGAGGCAGUGCAGAGUAUACUGGUCUUCUCGAUUGCAAAGAGUGUUAUGAGAAACUUGUGCAAGUAGAUUAUCCAAUUCGGCCGGCAACUCCGUACGCCCUAGAGUUUCAUAUAUCGUAUUUCGCACUUCGAAGAUCAUCCAAGGCUCUAGAUGGGUUUGACAUCGUCGUAGGUCGGCGGUCGGGUGUUUUCGCGGAUAGUCUGACUAGAGGCUGUGAGCCAACACAGCAAGAGUAUUUCCAUGAGACUCAAGUGUCGGUCUUGCUAGUAGGUGUGGACGAGUGGGUGUGGACCCUUUAUUGUUUGGUUGAGACACACUUUGAACAAAAAGUGGAAGGGAAAGAUACAUUGAAAAACUGUCUUGCUACCCUUCAAGAUGCCCCGUCUGGACAGGACGCAUCAUACAUAUCUCCCUACUGGAAUCCACGCGAGUACUUCUUGUUAGUCUUGUGUCGACGCAUGAGUCAAGCUACGUUGGAGUGGCGAAAUUUGGUGGAGACUUUGGAACUAAGACUGAGAGAUCUGGAAAAAGAUAUAUUUCAAAAACCACCACCACAAUUAACAGUGGGGAAAACGGUUGAUCUACCUCGAAUAAACGAUUACACCUGGGCGAUUCAAGUUUUACAGCUUUUCGCAAACCAGCUUGUCAAAACCAUUGACUCAUGGCAAGAGUUUAGUCGUAUGCAUCUACCAAUUUUUCACUCAGCUGACGAAAGUUUGAACUACUCCUCGAAAGUACCCAGAUAUCUUCAAAUAUUGGACCGAGAUGUCUCAGAAAUGCAGUACUUCCACACCAUACUUACACAACGCAUCACAGCGUUUGAAAGCCGAAGGAGCAUGAUCUUCAAUGCGUCCGCUCUCAUGGAGACUAGGAUAUCCAAUAGACAAGCCGUGGAUAUUGGACUCUUGACCAAAAUGACAGUGUUCUACCUCCCUUUGAGCCUGGUUACUGCAAUCUUCAGUAUGAAUUUUAUGCAGGUUGCUGGGACGUGGACAUUGUAUAUGGCAGUUUUACUUCCAUUUUCACUCGUUUCUGUCAUUGUCUCUUUCAACCUGCAACGUAUUGACACGACUGUGAAGUCUAUGAUGCAGAAAAUUGGCACGGUGAUGAAUUCGGGAACCAGCAUUCUCUCCUAG